CGGCCGCGCCGGUAGUGUCGUCGUGCGCCGGUUUCCAUCAACACUGCACAACAAGAGCGGUAAGCGCGUUUUGGUGUGUGUAUGACGAGUGCGUGAGCGUGUGUGUGCGAGAGAGCGAACAACAACAACAACAGCAGCAGCAGCAGCAGCAGGCCGGUCCGCCGUUACCUUGUGGCGUGUUCAGUUCAGCCAGUCAGUCAGUCGAGAGUCGCGCCCGUGUCCGUUUCGCCGUUGGCUUUGAGCGUCUGUCCCGUUCGCGUUUGCAUGUCUUGUGGUGUGUUGGCGUUCGCGCGGUGUGUAGUACAACAGCGACAGAAGACAAAUUACAUAACAGUCGUCUUAGCCGCAACCGUUUGUUGUUGUUGUCGUCGUGUACCGUCGGGAACGUGUGUCUGUGUAGUCAACAACUGUGUGCGACCGUAACAACGCUCCCGGGAUCGAGCGAAAUAAUAGUAAUAAUAUAUUUUAUAUCGCCGGUCGUUCAAAAGUAUUACACGUCGUCCUACGCGUCCCGGUUUUUGUAAAUUAUUCGUUAUUUAUUUAGUAUUUCGAUUUAUUAUCUUGUGCCCCGUAUAAAUACCGAGAAAAAACCCGCUGAUAAUUCGGGGAAAGAAAAAAAAAAGAAACAAGUUGAUAAAAGAUAAUAUUAUAUUUAUAGUCAUAUUUGUUACACGGGCGAAGGAGCGUAAUAUUAUACUACCAAUUUUAUUUUAAUAUUACGUUCGUCGACAGAUAAUAUUAUUAAGUGCUGUGAUAUAUUGUUUUUUUUAAGUUUAAAAUAAAUAUUUAUUCGUUACUAAAUUAUUUUGUGAUCGCGCCGUUAACAAACGUGUAUACUAUUCACUCCCAUAAGUAUUAUCCACCGAUCUUACGCAACGCCGUCAUCAACCAAAAUGGUCGAGAGUAUCAUUGAAGAAGAAACCCCCGGACAAACUGAGAGCACCCAAAAUGUCCAAGAUGAAAAAAAGAAUGAAUCGCUGUCGUUGAGAAAAGAAGAGGCUCGUAACAAGCGCAAGAAGAAGAAGAUCACCAACAGCCUCGUGACAUCUUGUUUCCAAGAUGCUUAUAAAUUAACUGGCGAAGUGUUGGGUCAAGGUGCUUAUGCAUCUGUUCAAACAUGCGUAAGUGUGUUAACUGGCUUAGAAUUUGCUGUUAAAGUGAUUGAUAAAAUUGCCGAACAUGCUCGAGCACGUGUAUUCCGGGAAGUUGAAACAUUCUACCAUUGCCAAGGCCACCCAAACAUCAUUCAAAUGCUUGAAUUCUUUGAGGCUGAUGACAAAUUUUACAUGGUGUUUGAAAAGGUGGUAGGUGGACAACUACUUGAUAGAAUACAACAACGAAAGAGAUUCACAGAAUGUGAAGCUAGUCUUAUUGUCAAAGAUUUGGCGAGUGCAUUAAAUUUUCUACAUCAAAAAGGCAUAGCGCAUCGUGAUUUGAAACCUGAAAAUAUACUUUGUGUCGAUCCUGUAGCGUUAACUCCUGUUAAGUUAUGCGAUUUUGAUCUUGGAUCUGGUAUCAAGUUAAAUCCAGUUGAUGGCAGUGCAACGCCACAAUUGUUGACUCCAGUAGGAAGUGCUGAUUUCAUGGCUCCUGAAGUAGUAGAUGCAUUUGUUGGGAGUCCAGACUCAAAUUACCAUUAUUAUGAUAAGCGUUGUGACUUGUGGUCACUUGGAGUAGUGGCAUACAUACUACUUUGUGGCUAUCCACCGUUUUAUGGGAAUUGUGGCUCCAAUUGUGGAUGGGAAUCAGGAAAUGCUUGUCCAGAAUGUCAAGGUUUGCUUUUUAUUAGCAUUCACGAGGGUCGUUAUGAAUUUCCAGACCGUGAAUGGGCAGACAUAUCAAGUGAAGCCAAAGAUUUGAUCAGCAAAUUGCUGGUUAAAGAAGCUAGUGCUCGUCCAAGUGCUGCUGAGGUCUUAAAUCAUCCAUGGGUGUUCAGACUACAACAAGAAAAACCCAAAGAUCACGAACUAAAUACACCAGGUGUUAUAAGACGCAACAAUAGUGCUCGUGCUCUAUCUACAUUUGCAGAGUCUGCUAUGUCGGCUAAUCGAGUGUUCCUGCAGCAUUUCAGUUUGUUUUCAUCAACUGAUGUACCUCUUGCUGCUGCUAAAAGACUUUCACCGCCAUCGCAUUCCAUGAUUGUACAGCGUAGGUCACUUGGUAAACCACAAUGUUCCAACGAAUCAACUGGUGGUAACCGAGCUCCUGCUCAAUUACCAAUCAUUGCAUCUCCUAGCGGCUAGAGUUUAACAGGCCACCUCCAUUCAUUACCUCUCCACUUUUUUAUACUAAUUAAAAUCAUUAGAAAACAAAAAUUUGGAAAUUAUUUAAAUACAAAAUAUGAAUUGACAAUUUUUUUUUUUUUUUUUUAACUAAAUAGUCAUGUAUCUGGUUUUUU